GACAAUUUCGACCACUUCAAUCGUACUUUACCAAUCAUAAAACGUUGCCAAUCCAACCAAGGCUUAAUCAUUGCCGAUUCUCAAUCCCACCCCUCUCUAUCUUAUACAACUAACGCUUCCCUUCAUUCAGCCUCCUUGUUCUCCCUGUCCCGUAUCAAGAAGCCGGGUGGCUAUGACUUUUUCCACCUUUCAUUCAUGUCACGAGUUGUGGGGAUCGUGGGGCACUCUGUGUGCGUACGUACUACGAAUGAUGGGCUUAUAUAUGUGAAAGAACCUGAAGGGCCGGAGGAUAUUUCUAUCUUAUAUAGAGCGAUACACUUCGAGUUUUGGACCUCAACCAACAUCAAAUAAUCUCUCUCUGCGUACCAUAUAAUAAUACGACAUCAUUUAACUCAUCACAUAACCUUGCACUUCGAUUUGGAAAGUUCCUGGAAAUCGCCGCCAUGGACAGAGCAUCGCACAUUGUGAUUAUCGGGGCUGGUAUGGGAGGGCUGUCAACCGCAUUGUCUUUAGCUAAAGAGGGCUUCACAAACAUCGAAGUCUUCGAAACAGCGUCAAAUUUAGGGUUCGUCGGUGCUGGAAUCCAAUUAGCCCCAAAUAUGGCCAGAAUAUUGGAUAGAUUGGGCUGUUGGAAGGAGAUUGAGUCUGAAGCUGUUGACUUGAAAGAGACUAGUAUUAGACAGGGCGAUUCAGAUAAAGAGCUUGCUCACGUGGAUCUUUUGUACAUCAGAGAAACCUAUCAAUACCCCCAUAUGGUUGGUCACCGAUCCAAUCUUGCUGGCUCUAUGUAUGAGGCUUGUAAGAAAGAGAGCGGCAUCAAGUUUCACUUCUCUGUAGCUGCCGAAGCUGUUGAGUCUUUUGGCCCCAAACCAGUGCUCAAGGUCAAGCCACGUCAAGGAGAAUCUUAUACUGUCAAAGCAGAUGUAAUUCUCGCAUCAGACGGUAUCAAAUCUAUCGUUCGAUCAAAGAUUCUAUCUGAAUUGAACCAUGACGCACACAUUACAGACACUAAUCAAGCAGCAUACAGAAUUAUGCUGAAGCGCGAGGAUAUGGAGAAUGAUCCCGAACUUUUGGAGCUUAUCAAUGGAGAUAAGGUGACAAGAUGGAUUGGAGAAAAAAGACACAUAAUUGCCUACCCAGUCUCCAGCAAACAGAUUUAUAACCUUUCCACAGUCCAACCAGAUACAAAUUUUGCUGCCGCUCCUUCAGCUACUUAUACUACUAAGGGUGACAAGAGCGCUAUGUUGGAUAUUUUCUCAGACUUUUGCCCUAAAGUCCAACGUAUGUUGAACCUUGUUCCUGAUGGUGAGGUGUGCGAAUGGAAACUUCGUGUCCACAGUCCUCUUCCAACUUGGGUCCGCGGAUCCAUUGCAUUAGUCGGCGACGCCUGUCAUCCAACCCUUCCUCAUUUGGCCCAGGGUGCCGCUCAAGCAAUUGAAGAUGCUGCCGUGUUAGGUGCUGUGUUUUCUAAAUGCCCUUCAAACAGUCCAUCGGAUAUCAACAAAUCUUUACUCAUUUACGAGAGUGUUAGGAAAGAACGAGCUGAAACUCUUGUCGAGCUAGCUGCACAAUCCGGACGAGCUUUACAUUUGGGUGAUGGAGCUGCGAAGGCAGAGAGAGACAAGCAAUUCGCCGCAUUGAAACAAAAAGGGGGAGCAGUUCCAGACAAAUGGGCAGAUGCUGAUGUCCAAAAGAAGAUUUAUGGUUUUGAUUGUUAUCAAGUUGCUCUUGACAAGUUUGAUGAUUUAUUUGCGCAGGUUGAAGAGGGUAAAUUUGUCGGUUUGGAGCAGCCAGUCAACAGCUCGGGUGAGAACGGAAAUGCUGCCAAUAUAUAAUGCCGAUAUAGAUACAAUGUAAAAUCUUUAUCUCAAAUUUUCGACAUUCACUAGAUACUGCACCCGGGCAAUUUGUUCUAUUUUCUACUUAGGGGUAGAUUCAAUGACUACUGUUUCGAAAUUGUGUAAAAAAAUUGAGCUAUAUACAUGAAAUACAUGUAUUGCAGAUCUGCGACUAAUAAAAGCUUUGUUGUUA